AAAAUCGACUUACAUAUCCCUACUGUGUGCUGUUGGCGGAGAUAUUUUACUUGGGACUCGAAACGUUUUGUGAAGAUAUUAGGAAAAGAAAUCUAGAAAAACCACGGCCAUGACUGGCAGUCAAUCUGAAAAUAACACCUCCACUUCGUCAAAUUCUUCGGAGGAUACUAAUAACGACUCACGAAAUGAAAGCGAAACAAAUGCUGACAAAAAUGUGGUAGAGACAAAAACAACGUCUGACAACAACAACAAAAUGAUGAACGCCGCCGAGACCGCUGCCAAUGAGGAGAAGAAUGGACGCCAGAAAAAGGAAAAAUCAAAAACACCUUCAAAAGAGGACAAGAAAUCACGGAAAAAGAAAAGUGAGUCCAGUUCUGAGUCUUCAUCGUCUUCUGAUUCCGACUCGUCGGAGUCCUCAAGUAGUUCAAGUGAUGGCGAAGUAUCUACCAGCUCCGGUUCAUCGUCAGACAGUGAGAAGGUUAAAAGUAAAGUCAAAAACAAAUCCAAAAGUCCAUCAGCACAAAGGGAAGUAGUCCAAAAGGAAACAGUUACAGAUACGCCUGAUAAUAUAUCCAAGGAAACACAAGAGAAGUUGGUUGAAGAUAUUCCUAAGGAGAAUGAAUUGAAUGUAAAUUUGGCAAAGGAAGAUAGCGUUAAUGCCAAGCAAAAUGACACAGAGGCUUCAAAUGAGAACGUAGCGGAAGAAAUAACAAAACCGCCUCAGAAGCAACCUGACACUGAAGAAGGUGAAAUUACAGAAAAUAAUGAAAAAAAUUCUUCAACGAGAUCUCCUUCCAAAGAAAAACAACUGUCCGCCAAUAGAAGCCGUUCUAGAGAAAGAAGAAGUCAUUCUGGAGACAGUAGAGGAACUCAUUCAGGAGACAAAGGAAGUCCUUCAAGACUUAAAAGAAGUCCUUCAAGAUCUAAAAAAAGUCCAUCACGUUCUAAAAGGAGUGUAUCAAGAAACAGAAGUUCCUCCAGACACGGCCGAGAUUCAUCUAGGAACAGACGAAGUGUUUCCGGCGAUAAGGAGAACCAACUAAGACGGAAAUCAAGGUCAAGAUCUAGCAGAAGUCGUAGUAGAUCUCGCAGUCGCAGUCGUUCUCGAAGACCAGAACGUAAACACCGAUCAAGAACACCACGACGAUCACGUUCACGAGAAAGGCGACAUGAACGACGUCGUUCGGUGUCAUCAGAUUAUGAUGCGAGAAGACGAUCUCGUCGCUCUGAGUCAAUCGAAAGAAGACGUGAGGAACGUAAGAGACGUCAUGCAGAACGUGAUGAAAGGGAAAAAUCAAAACGAUCCAGACGAGAUGAAGAUGAUUCGUUCAAGACAAAUAAAGUAUCUGCUGAAAUGGAAAAAGAUAAAGAGAAUGAUAAUGCCACGGUAACUGAUCCCAAGGCCAAGAUUACAGAACGUCAAAGGAAAACUGUAGACAUACUUACAUCACGUACCGGUGGAGCCUAUAUACCACCAGCUAAGUUGCGUAUGAUGCAAGCAGAAAUUACGGACAAAGCAUCGGCUGCAUAUCAACGUAUUGCUUGGGAAGCUCUUAAGAAAUCCAUACAUGGUUACAUUAAUAAAGUCAAUGUGGAUAAUAUUGCAAUUAUUACCCGAGAACUGCUAAAGGAAAAUAUAGUACGUGGUAGAGGCUUGCUUUGCCGUUCCAUAAUACAGGCUCAAGCUGCAUCGCCGACAUUUACCCAUGUUUAUGCCGCCUUGGUGGCUAUUAUUAAUUCGAAAUUUCCCAAUAUUGGAGAAUUGCUGUUGAAACGUUUGGUAAUACAAUUUAAACGAGCCUUUCGACGUAACGAUAAGACUGUGUGUUUGUCAUCUUCACGUUUCAUAGCCCACUUGGUCAAUCAAAGGGUGGCCCAUGAAAUCUUGGCCUUGGAAAUUCUAACGCUUUUGGUUGAAUCGCCGACAGACGAUAGUGUUGAAGUGGCCAUAGCAUUUCUUAAGGAAUGUGGUAUGAAGUUGACAGAGGUCUCAUCGAAGGGCAUUGGAGCCAUUUUUGAAAUGCUCAAAAAUAUCUUGCAUGAGGGCAAGUUAGAUAAACGUGUGCAGUAUAUGAUUGAAGUUGUUUUCCAAGUACGCAAAGAUGGUUUUAAGGAUCAUCAAUCGGUCAUAGAGUCCUUGGAAUUGGUAGAAGAGGAUGAUCAAUUUACACAUUUACUAAUGUUGGAUGAUGCCACAUCCCCAGAAGAUGUACUGAAUGCUUUUAAAUUUGAUGAACAAUACGAGGCCAAUGAAGAGAAAUACAAAGGACUUAGUAAGGAGAUUUUGGGGAGUGAUGCCUCAGAUUCGGAUGGUUCCUCUGGUUCGGGUAGUGAUUCCGACUCUGAAUCAUCUGACUCGGAUGAGGACAAAAAUGAGGGGGAUGAGAAACCCACAGCUGGCGAUAUUAUUGAUAAUACGGAAACCAAUCUGAUUGCGUUAAGGCGAACCAUAUAUCUGACCAUUAACUCCAGUUUGGAUUAUGAGGAGUGCGCCCAUAAGCUUAUGAAAAUGCAAUUGAAACCCGGCCAAGAAAUAGAGCUUUGCCAUAUGUUUUUAGAUUGCUGCGCUGAACAACGAACUUAUGAGAAGUUCUAUGGUCUGUUGGCUCAGAGAUUUUGUAACAUCAACAAAUCGUAUAUAGAACCGUUUGAGGAAAUCUUCAAGGAUACCUAUCAGACCACACAUCGUUUGGAUACAAAUCGUUUGCGAAAUGUAAGCAAAUUCUUUGCUCAUUUGUUGUUUACCGAUGCCAUAAGUUGGGAUGUUUUGGACUGCAUAAAGCUGAAUGAAGACGACACAACAUCAUCAAGUCGUAUUUUCAUAAAAAUUCUUUUUCAAGAGUUGGCCGAGUACAUGGGUCUGGGCCAAUUGAAUAAAAAACUUAAGGAUGAAGUUUUAGCAGAGAGUUUGGCCGGGCUUUUUCCCAAAGAUAAUCCCAGAAAUACACGAUUUUCCAUUAACUUUUUCACAUCCAUUGGUUUGGGUGGCCUAACUGAUGAAUUGCGUCAAUUCCUAAAGAAUGCCCCGAAAUCUGUACCCGCCAUAAAUGCUGAAAUUCUGGCCAAUAAACCUGUAGAUGUCUCAAAUUCGUCGUCGUCCUCCUCAUCAUCAUCAUCUUCAACCUCGUCUUCAUCAUCAUCAAGUUCUUCAUCUUCGGAAUCGUCUGCAUCAUCAUCUUCUAGUGAUUCGUCAUCGGAUUCUUCAAGUGAUUCAGAAGUGGAUAAGAAAAAACGUAAAGGCAAGGUUAAGAAGACUAAAAAGAAGAAAACUUCAAAUAAAAAGGAGAAAACUAAAAAAUCGAAAAAUAAAAAUAAAAAAGACACCAAGAAAAAGACCAAGAAGCGAAAGUCCAAAAAAGGCACCACUUCUUCUGAAGAUGAUUCUUCGAAAAGCGAAAGUAGUAGCAGUGAAUCAAAAUCUUCAGACAGUUCGGACUCGGAGCAAAGUGGAAAUGAUAAAUCGAAGAAGAAGACUAAAUCGAAAUCAAAAACAAAACCGAAUAAGAAGUCCAAACGAUCUGACUCAGAAGACGUUGAAAAUGAACGAGAUAUUAAACGUAAGAAAAGGGAAGAUUUCGGAAAUUACAUUCAUGAAGAUAGAAGAAGAGACGAGGAAUAUUCAAAGAAUGGUGGAAGAGAUCGCAAAAAGGAUAAUCACGGUAAUAAUAAGGAGAAACGGGAAAUACCACAACGUCGCGAUAGCGAAAUUGAAAGGCGUCGAGAGGAGCGCGAAAAACGCCAUCGUGAAAGAGAAAGAAAUCUCUCACGUUCCAGAUCAAGAUCUCGCGGCGGUAGCGGUCGAAAAGAUCGUGAUCGCCGGGAAACAAAUGGACGCAGUGAGCGAAAAGAUCGCGAACGUGAUAGAGACUCAGAUCACCGGCGUUAUCGCAAAGACUAUGAUCGCAGUCGAAGCCGCGAUCGAAAUGAGAAACAUGAACGUGAAUAUUCACGUUCUAAAUUACGAAAUACUUCUAAGGAACGUGGAUAAAUGGAAAGACUAAAGUAAUAAAAGUUACAAUUUUUUAUUUUAUUUUUUGUAAAAUAUUCAUUUAUCAUUAUAAUAUAAAUAAUACUACUAUGUGUGCAAAUAUUUGUACAAACUAUUAGUUUAUAAUAAAAAAAGAAAAAACUAUAAAAACAUGUGGUGUUAAGAAACUUUGAAAUUAAAAAAAAAUAUUUUCUACUAA